AUGCUGCGCGGCCCGCGCUUCUCCCAGCCAAAGGUUGCGCAGUGCGAGGGCGGAGGCGGCGACGGCACCUUCAUGGGCCAAGGCCCCUUCACGUCGGGCUUCUACGUCAAGGCAGCGCUUGCGGGUGGCAUCUGCUGUCUCACUCACGGCGCGCUGACCCCAGUGGACGUGGUGAAGACCCGCAUUCAGGAUUGCUCGACCCAGUGA